AACCUAACGGCAACCAGAAGGGUUAUUCCAGACGACCACCAGAGAGAUAGAGAUAGAUAGCUUAAGCGUUAGCCAUUCUUUUGCGGCAUCGCCAAAAGGCCAGUGAUGGAGCUGUUUACACCGGAGAUGAGGAAUUGGUGGAAAGACUGGGAGCUACGGUUCGUCGUGCUCUUCAGCGCAUUCCUACAAGUAAUGCUUGUCACCCUAGCCCGGCAAAGGAAGUCAUUAGGUCACUGGUUUCUCAGAGUGGUAGUCUGGGCCACAUACUUAACCGCCGACUGGGCCCCGGUUCUUGCCCUCGGCAUUCUCUCAAACUGCCUAGCGGACAUCAAGGAGAAGGCGGGGAACAUCAGCCCAGAUGUCCAGCUCACCGCCUUCUGGGCCCCGUUCCUCCUACUCCACCUGGGUGGAAUCGAUACGAUCACUGCCUAUUCUUUGGAAGACAACGAGCUUUGGCUCCGACACUUUGCAACGCUGGUUGUGAAGACUGGGCUGACGUGCUACAUCUACUUCCUAGCCUUGACAGGCUCCCCUCUCGCAGUCCUGGCUGCAAUCAUGAUAGCAGUUGGGUUCACUAAUUACGUGGAGCGGACCCUCUCCCUAUACUUAGCAAGCAAGAAUCGACUACGAGACUCCAUGCUCCCUCCCUUAGAAUCGGUUCACAUAAACCCCAGGAUAGAGGAGAAAUACUUAGAAUCGGGCCCCAUGAACCCCAGGAUAACGGAGGAAUACGGGAUGAAGAAAGAUGAGGGGUACCAUGUGACGGUUGAUCAGGUUGUCGAGAUUGCCGGGCCGCAAGAUCUCUUUGUCAAGAGAGAUCCAGAGAGCCUGCCAUUCCUAGCAUACGGCUUGUUCCAGGUUUCAAGCUCCUCUUUGUCGAUUUACCCCUGAACCCAGGAGAUCUGGGCAAAUCCAAAUUUUUGUUGAAGGAAAUGAACUCUAAGGAUGCUUUCGAGCUCGUCGCCAUUGAGCUCAGUUUCAUGUAUGGUCUACUUUUCACAAAGGAGAAACUUCUCUACAACACUUGGGGCAUUGCUCGUCGAGUUGUUACUCUAUCUUUGACCUGUGCUGUACUUGUCUUCUUCUCCUUGGCGGAAUGGAAGAAGUACAUGAGAGUCGACAUCUGCAUAACUUUCUCACUUCUUGGAGUGGCUAUUCUGAUAGAGAUUUUCAUGACCUUGUUAAUGAUUUCCUCAGAUCAUACAACUACUUGGUUGCUUAAGAACCAAAAUAGUUGUAGAGGUCGGGUUAUUCGUUACCUUCGCUUUCCGCAGUGUACACAACGCAGGUGGUCGGGAAAAGUGGGACAGUUUAGCCUUGUGGAGUUCUCUCUCAGGAGAAAAUCAUGGUUACGUGUCAUUAAGGCCGAGAAGGUUGGAGAGAUGGUGGAGAAGCAUUUCCGCAUAAACUAUAAGAACUUCGGGAAUAACAUGAAAGAAUGGAUUUGCACCUAUCUCAAGAAUAAAAUAAGCGGUCAAAAUUUUAGUGCAGCGCCAACGCCAUUCGACGUAGGCAUGAUCCUUAAAAAAAAGGGCCGAUCUGACAUGGUGUGGACUACAGGCAACGGGUUUGACCGGACCAUCCUCAUCUGGCACAUUGCAACUGAGGUCUGCUACUUCCAUGACCGAGCUGAAAUGGCCAAUCAUGGGGGCGAUCGGGCGACCAACUACAAGACGAGCAAGAUGGUCUCUAGGUACUUGCUUUAUCUCUUUGUCAUGUACCCUUCCAUGUUGCCAACUGGGAUAGGCUUGCACCCUUCCAUGUUGCCAACUGGGAUAGCCUUGCUCCGAUAUGCCAAUACCUCACUUGAGGCCGAGCACUACUUCUAGGAGCAAAGGUUGAAAA